AUGUCUUCAACAGUAUUCAGUACAACGUCAAAUCGGGCGUCCAUGGAAGACGACGAACGGAAUAAAGGAUCUUAUAAACACCUGCAUCUUGGUAGCGGGAUGCAGGAUAGUAUGGAUGCAGUAAAUAGGAUGUCACCUUCAAAUUCAGUUUUAACAAUAUCAUUCUCGCCACCAGCAUUACUCGGCAUCAUGUCGAUCUUAUUACUGUUUGCAGCUUAUUCAUUGUUCAGUAAACCGAUGGUUUCCAUCAAAAAUGGAAUAUCCAAUGAACAGUUCCAAGGAUUAUUGGAGAGGAUCGACCAGCUUUCGAAGGAAGUAAAGGAGCUGAAAAGACCAUAA